CUCCAUGCCCAUGAUUACAAGAAGGUUAACUGCGCCCUGGGCGCCUCCCAGAGUCCGCAGCAAUCUUCUGCACUGCUGGAAAUCUCCUUGCCUUUUCCCUCGAGAGAGAUAGAUGCCUCAGGCCAAAGAUGAGUAUCAUUCUCACCCAGACUACCGCCACGCAAUAUGUCCCCAAAUAUCUCUUCGUUUCUGGCGAUUGUCAGCGGGGGACUGGCAAAAGUCGUCAUGUCAUGAAAGAAUUUCUGCGCAAGCGCGAUUCUAUCCGUCGCCAGAAGCAAUUAGCUGCCCGAUCCCGGAGCCGUGUGCUUCCCUGGCUGCGCCGAGAAGAUAUAGAACCAGUGCCGGCUCGAACAGAUGCGUCGCCUGCGGUCGAUGGCGGAGUAUCGUCUGAUACUCCGAGCGACUCCAGUUCAAGACCUUCGUCCCCUCCACAUUUCCAAUGGGCCGCUGGAUGCACAAUGGGCGAGUCGCACUCCUCGCCAUGUUUCACUUCGCCAUCCUCUCUUCCGGACCCAGUUGAGAUACCAGAGAGCUCGAUUAAUUCUUCUUAUGAGUCCCAAGAGCUGGUCGACUACUUGCACCGUUCUGUGAUAUGUCGCCUAUACGAGACGGAGCAGUCGAGUAACUCCAACUCCCCAGCGACCGCCUUGGUGAAUCACGUCAUACCUCGCGCGGUACCGGCACGAAUACUUCUCGCAAUUUCCAGUCUUCACCAUGACAUCGAAGUAGGACAUCAGACACCGAGCUCGGAAACUCUCAGCUUGGUCCUCGAAGGCAUCAGCUCGCUGAAAGAGCACCUACAAAGCCCUAGUGCCGUUUCUGACGACACCAUCCUGGCAGUGAUCAAUCUAUGGGCAUACGAAGUUACGUUGUCGAUAGGAUCUGCUAGAAGUGGAACAGACACCGCCUCGGCCCAAGGGAAAAUAAUUCCUAAGUCAUUGACAGAUAAUAUCCAGACACAUUUGCAUGGGCUUCAACGAUCCAUCGAGUGUCGUGGCGGAUUGCGUAAUCUUUCACCAGAGACGCUAUGGCUCCUUGCUUGGUGUGUAUGUACACUCCCAGGAUAUUCUCCUAUCGACACCAGGAUGAUGGCGCCCGAUGUUGGCAGUAACUGUUCCUUGCGAACAGCGGUCGACCCUUCUUACCGCCCUUCAAGGCUGUUUGAGACGUUGGCAAAAGUCCAAAAGCAUGUGUCGUUACGUCGUUUCCAACCAAACAUCCUCCACGACGUAUCAUUUUCGCCCUUGAGAACAGUGUUGCUGCGACUGAAUGUGAUGCGGCAUGCUCUUCAUGGACAAACGACGCCAAUGAAUAGACUCCGCAAGUCGACUUCAUUGCUAUCCACCUUACUUUUCAUCUUCGAUGUCUUUGUGGAAGUGACGGAAUCCACGCACGGAGGAGCCUCUCCCCGCAGAGAUCCGUUGGUCGCAGUCCAGAAGCGAUUUGUUGAUCAUCGUAUCGACAAAGAAGGCUCCCCUGAAAAGGUCUGGCAGGUUCUCAUGACGGAGCAAGAAGCUCCGCGGCUGCAACUUCAUCCAAGAACUUGGCCAAUUGUGGAAAUGGUGAAUGCAAUCAAGCAUUUGAAUAUUUCCACGGUCGAUGCCCUGUCGCAACUGUUACUUGGCUAUCUGCUUCCUGAGACCUGUGACUAUGCGGCUGAAGACUUCAAAUGCGAGAAGACUCUACUGCAGGUAUAUUUCGAGCUAGACGGUCUGGCCGAUCUUACUUGAACACUUGUCCCAAUGUAUAGAUAGAAUUAGAAUACCCAGACGGUCAUGAGAUGUUAGAUAUACCACGCUGGCGACGUAAUACUAUGACGAUUAAACUUGAGUAUAAA